AAGCUUGGAGUGAGUUCGUUUGAAUUGAUGGAGAUGUUUUCUAUGAGGUUUAAUGUUUAUGUAAUUGGAUGGGAGAUGAUCCAAGUGCUCUUUUGAUUGUUGAGGACGAAGAGAGAAUAAAUGGAUCUAUGGUUAAUCGCAGCUACUGGAUAUAUAACCAAGCAUUUGCAAAAUGUAUCUAAAGGUAAACCUUCUUCUGAAGAUUUGACUAAUGUGAAGCUUGAGUCUCCGAGAUGCUUGGCUAGUAAUGUAGUAAGAGUCAAGAAACCAAAAGAAGAAAACUUUGAGGAUUGCUUAAAUGGGGAACCUCUUGAUCUAUAUGAAUGUGGCAAUGCAUAUGGAGUGGAAGUUGAUUCGAGUUAUGAGGAGAAUUUGGGAUAUAAUGAUGAGAUUCGUUCAGGUUCUUUUGGGAACAGAGCGUUUCUUAGGAGGAAUCAGCGUCUUAUCAAGCCUUUUUCUUUGGAGAAAAGUGUAAUGUCUCGCUUGCAUAGAGAGAAAAUGGCCAUGGAGGAAUAUAUGCGUAGUCCGUUUCCAUCACCUUGUGGUUCAGUUUCGAGGCCCUUACUUGUUACUGAUGGUACAAAAGUAAUUAGCAAGAACACUGGAGAUUCUGUUAGCCAGCAAGUUCCGAAAUGCGGGAUUCCUCAGCUUAGGAAGUUGGAAUCUUCACUUCUUUACGCUAAGAGGGGAGUUGGAAAUGCUAAGAGCGCAAGUAGAAGAUCUGAUAAUGGGCUUGGAUCAAAUGAUGCAGUGUUGCUGCUAUGCGUUGGGAUUUCAAUUGGGAUAAUGUCAUCAUUUGUAGCAAACCAAACCGAACUAAACAAAGUCAGAGCAGAGUCAAAGCAGACAGAGAAUAUGGUCAAAGAGUUAGAAGAUAAGCUCAAGACAAAGGACUCAUUGACAGUGCAAGAUGAUUUACACAAUGGUGAAAAACAGUGUGAUGAAAAGACAGCAGAGAAUUCAGAAUCUAUAAGUAAAAUUGAAGCAGAACUUGAAGCUGAGCUGGAAAGGCUGGAGACCAACAUGAAUUCCUCCAACAUUGAGACAAAACUCUUAGAUGUCAUUGAGUUACUCCGCAGCAGCACUAAAAAAGUUCAGCUUGUAAAUUGUUUCUCAAUUCUGCAGCUGGAGCCAGAUUUUGAAGUAGAAUUUGCGCAGGGUGAGCUGAGAGAUGAUCAGGUUGAAAGGCAGCGUUUUGAUGAAACCGAGUCCAACCAGGACAGGAGUGGCAAUGCCACACCUGAAUCAGGAAACUAUAUAGUCUCACCUCGUGAGUUAAGCUUGCGUCUGCUCGGAGUUAUCAAUUCACGUUAUGAAAAACGGAUAAAAGAACUUGAGAAUGCCUUACAAGAGAGUCAGAGGAAAGUGGAGCAGCUGGUCAUAGAAUCAGAGGAAAAGAAGAAACCAUUGUCAAGGAUUUGGGAAACACAUGAAGUGAUGAAAUACAAGAGAGACACAACAAAUCUUCCAGUUUCUGUAGCUCAUGUCGAGCAUAAGCAUAAUCGUGCAGAGAUCCAACCUCUGGUUAUGAAUUUAGAAGGGGAAGCACUUGAUGCAUUCAAUGAAUCUUACGAGGAACUGAUAGAUAUUAACGUUUAUUCAGAAGAAGAUGAUUUACAAUGUGAGAUGCAGGAGAAUGAGCGGCAAGAAGAAUUGUCUUUGACGAGCAAAAGCUCACCUUGGAGCCAUAAAGAUUACAUAAAGGGUUCUUCAAGAACUUCAGAGGAUGUGAAUUUCUCCAUGCUGCAAGAUCUACUUGGUCUGAGCGAAGAAGAAGAAGAAGAUGAGAUGGAGAAGCAUCUGAUAAAGCAGAUUGUUGAGAAAACAAAGCAAGGAUCGUCUGCUGUGUUAAAUGCCCAGAAGAUGCUAUUUCUCAUGGAAGAAACAGAACAAAAUCUAUAAAAAAAAAAGCAUUUACUCAA